AACCUUCUCAUCUUAUCUUUAAAUGUCUCUGUUCACAUGCAACACUACAGAUACUUUCACAAUGUGGUACUCAACCAGUUGUUUCUAAUUAUCACCACACCAACACAUGAACAGCCAUUUCUUAAUUAAAAUAAUAAAAUUGCCUGUGUUUGCGGAUACAAAUAAUACACAUUUUAAUAUGUUAUCCAGAUAAUAAUAACUACUUUUAGUUGCAUGCGUGCAGUAUCUGCAGCUCCAUCCUGCGGACAGAGUGUACCUCUGUGUUUUUAUGGGUGGAGACUGGUCCUCCUUCAAACAAAAAUAGACAGUCAGACAGACAAGACAAGUCCGUUUAACCAUCAGCAGCAUUAAAGGCCGAGGAACCUGGACAUUAUUUCCUGCGCAUUUAGUUUUAAAUCCCGCACAGGACAUUGGAUCAUUGUGAUAACCUUACCAAGCGAGAGAGAUGAGUGAGGCGGAGCAGGUGCCUGAGGACAUGCCUGCAUACCUCAACCAUGAGACAGUAGCUACAGAUGACGACGACAACAACAAGGGCCAUCCACAGACGCAGCCGGGCAUGUUCAGCCGGUUGGCGGGUGGCUUGUACGGGGCCACAAAGGGAGCUUUAGGAGCGACAGUGGGCGGUGUGGCCUGGAUAGGAGGAAAGGGUCUGGACCUCACCAAGACCACCGUCUGCUCUGUAGCCUCUCUGCCUGGGAUGGGAGUUGGGCUUGUUAAAGGAGGGGUGUAUGCUGUAGCUGGAGGAGUGACCGCAGUCGGCUCUGCUGUGGUCAGCAAAGUUCCUAUAGGAGGAGGCAAAAAAAAGGACAAGUCUGAUUGAUGGAGAGAAGAGUGAACCUACACAGCUGAGGUGUCAUGGCUCGCACUGUGUUGUCGCCUGUGUUAGCAUUCAUGAGCAGGAAAAGAGCAACAGAAGACUCAAAAGUAUAGUGUGCACAUUGUAGGUGAGGGAUCGUUUUCUUUAUUUAGUUUUUUCAUGUGAUUGUUGGUGACAAUUCAUAUCAUUAUGUGACUAGGACCCACAAAACAAGAACUUACAAAGACUCUCCUGCUCUGUUGUUAAAGGAAACACACUAUUAUCACCAGUGCCUGAUGAAAUGAAAUGUUCUAAUAAAAGGUCCAUGUUUCAUUUUUGAUAAUAAGCAACAACACUGUUCUCACUGGAAAAUGUUGUAUUCAACAAAAAGUUAAUCAGCGGAGACCAGAGGAAAAAUAAGCUCGGAGGGUAAAUGCACCUAUAUUUCACUUGCAAGACAAUCAUUUAUGAUUUAAAAUGCCUUUGUUCAGCUUGCACAAAUGAACAAAUAUUUCCGAUUAAAGAUGUCAUUGAAAAGUACAGUUCAGUAUAAUAUCUAAACCAUCUGCUGAAGACAGUGGACUGUGGAUAUUUCACUGGUAAAAUGUUCCUCUGAAUUCAACUUGCCCUCAGAUGGUUAUUUUCUCCCCUCAGUGAAAGGCAACUCAUACUUUUGAUACAGAAUCUGAUUUAUUACGAUAAAUAUUGUGUGAGAAUAUAACAGUCAGAUUAUUUUGAUUGCAGUGAACCUUAUUUUGUCGUAGUGUUAAUUGAUUUACUGGGACUAUCAAUAAAUAACAUUUUGUAUAUGACA